UGUACGCCUUUUCAUUCUUUGGAGAAGUGCUGAAGUGGGGUACAAAGAAAAUUCAAGAAAGAAACUGCAAGAAAGAUACAACAAGAAGAAACCUGCCGAUUAACACAUACAAUCCUCUCUUUCUGUUCUUACGCGCAUAUCCAUUUUGAUCUUUUUCUUGAUUUUUGUUUCUUGUUUUCACAAUCUUCUUCUUGGCUUUUUAUGGCGAAAACGGGGGGGUUUCUUGAAGUUCUUCCUACUACUGUGUCAAACUCAACUGAGUUGAAGAAGGAAUUGCUGAGGCUUGUGAAUGCAAUUCCUGAUGGGGAAGAUUUUAGCUUGGAGAUUGCUGAUGAGGUUUUAAGGAUUUUGACUGCUUUGAAUGAAUUGAAAUUUGAGAAGUCAUCGGAUUCUUUGAAGCUGGUUGAUGAUAAGGAUACGGUUGUUCCUGAUGAAUUUAAAUGUCCCAUUUCAGGAGACCUCAUGAUUGACCCUGUCAUCUUGGCUACUGGGCAGACUUAUGAUCGGCCAUUCAUCCUGCAAUGGCUAAAUGAUGGGCACCGGAUAUGUCCUCAAACUCAGCAAGUACUCUACCAUACUAUGCUUAUCCCUAAUCACUUGGUGCGAGAAAUGAUUUCACACUGGUGCAAGAAGCAUGGAAUUGAGCUCCUCAAGCCUGUUGAGGGUGUUGGGGACAAUUCAGUUGCUUAUGCAGACAGAGGCUACUUGGAUUCGCUGCUUGAAAAGAUGUCCUCUUCCCUUUCUGAUCAAAAAGAAGCUGCAAAAGAGCUUCGGCUGCUAACUAAAAGGAUGCCAUCAUUUCGGGCCCUUUUUGGUGAGUCCACUGAUGCCAUUUUCCAAUUACUCAAUCCACUUUCACCUGGUAGAGCCGAUUCUCAUCCUGAUCUCCAAGAGGAUUUGAUUACUACAAUUUUGAACCUCUCCAUUCAUGAUAAUAACAAGCGAUUAGUUGCAGAAAAUCCACUUGUCAUUCCUUUGCUUAUUGAAUCUCUGAAAACGGGAACUAUAGAAACAAGAAGUAAUGCUGCUGCAGCUCUCUUUACCCUAUCAGCUCCUGAUUCAAACAAGAUUCUUAUUGGGAAAUCAGGUGCUCUCACACCUUUGCUUGAACUUUUAGAGGAAGGGAACCAAUUAGCCAUGAAGGAUGCUGCAUCUGCAAUAUUCAGCCUAUGCGUUGUCCCCGAGAAUAAAGCGAGAGCAGUCCGUGAAGGGGCAGUUAGGGUGAUCCUGAAAAAGAUAAUGAAUGGCAUAUUUGUUGAUGAGUUGUUGGCUAUUCUUGCUAUGCUUGCUAACCAUCCAAAGGCUGUUGAGGAAAUGGGGGAGCUAGGUGCUGUGGGUUGCUUGCUCAGAAUUAUCAGGGUGAGCAUGUCUGAACGCACCAAGGAGAACAGCGUAGCAAUCUUAUACACAAUCUGUCUAAAUGAUCGAAACAUGUGGAAGGAGGUGUGGAAUGAGGAAACUGCCAACCAUACACUUUCUAUACUUGCUGAUAAUGGUACUUCAAGAGCCAGGAGAAAGGCUGAUGGUAUUCUCGAUAGGUUGUUAAAACAAAUCCUUAUUCCAGAGACAUGAUCCAUGCUUCCUGUACAUACUUUCAUCCUUCACUCUGCCAUGCAUACACACUAAUACUAGCUCAGUUACCUGUAAAAAGCUCACAUAUCUGUAUAUGUUACCUACUUUCGUACCAGGCAAGUUUUGGUCCAUCUAAGGCUAAAUAGAUAAGCAAAGGGCAUUGAAUUUUACCUCUGGUUUCAUGAAUGAAUACAUUAGUAAUUCUGGUGAGUUUUAA